AUGGUCUUAUUUUUGCUUGAUGAACAAUCAUUUAAUUUGGAAGAUACUUUUGUCGGAAAUCAAGUCGAGACGUUGAUUCCAAGUGAUACUGGUCAAUCAAUUCGUCGCAUAUAUAUCGAUAUUGGCUGUUUUAAUGGCGAAACAAUCGAAUAUUUUCUUUAUUUUACUCCGAAUAGUGACGCGUAUGAAAUUUACACAUUCGAGCCUGAUCCAGACAAUUAUCUUCUUUGUAAAAAACGAUUAUCUCAACCGAAAUUUGCCAAAUAUAAAAUAAAUAUUAUUCGAAAAGUCGCCUGGAUACGUAAUGAGAAAGUUUUGUAUCGAACUGAACGUGGUCGACAAAGUCGCAUCAGUCUAAACGCUACCGAUGAUUUGGAUGAGUCAGUUUCAUUACAGGCAAUAGAUUUUUCUGCAUGGCUUGCCCGUUUAGUCGAACGCAAAAAAGUCUACAUUCAUAUUAAAAUGAGUAUGCCCGGAGCUGAAGUACCUGUUCUAGACAAAAUGAUUCGCGACAAUACAUUAGGAUUAGCAAACAAAUACGAAGUCGAAUGGACUGAUCGAGAAAAUCCGUUGACUCGUGGAACACGGAUCUAUGUUCAAUUAAUGUUUGAUUCUUAUGGUUUCGAUUGUCUUUAUUAUACACGUUUGAAAAAUAUGCAAAAGGUUUACCAAGCCAAAGGAUCUGCACAAGAUAUCGAGAAAUAUUAUGACUGGAAUAAAAUUAGUGAGUCCGACGCAUUCGCUCACUACAUCGAACGACCGGAUGAACCUAUCCGACAAGAUAUUUAA